CCAAAAACAUGCGGUCUUUCGUUGCGGUCUCGCGGUGGCGGUGCACGGAGUUCGGCUGUUUUGGUCUCGCCUGAGCUUCGCCAGCUCAUCGAGCCCAAAACAAAGCAGGUGAAAGCCAAAAUGGCUGUUCUGACGCGGCCCCUUAUCCUCAUCCCUCUCGCCGUCUUUGGCGUCGGCCUCUUCGAAUUCGCUCUCGACGCCCUUGAGCUCUACCCAGCAUUCCUUCACAAGAAAGCGGUCUCAGCGUCCCUGCACAAAUUGUUUCGGAGCGUAAUGAGCGGAGGCACGACGGACGCUGCGCCAGCAGCAGAAGCGGAGGAACGAGAGGACUUCGCUGACCUUGAAGCGCUGGAGAGCAAGAUGGAGGUUCCCUUUUUCGUCUACGAGACGCCCGCGCUGAUGGAGAUGUACAACAGGUGUCAGGGGCCGGCAAGGGCAAUCCUCGAAGGCUCAUGGCCUCGAUAUGCCAACCAUGGGAUCAAGAAGAAGAUAGGUACGGAAGGUUGCCGACCAGUCGUAUCAACCUGUCGUAUGUGGUGGUGCAGGGGAGAUCUUCUGGCUGGACCAGUUGUGGAAUGACACGUGGCGCACACUUGACCCCGAGAAGGCCCUCGUGUAUGUCCUCCCAAUCUAUCCAGGUGCGUCCGUGUCGAGCAGAGAGGCAAUGGAGAGGCCGCUCGAAUGGCUUGGUGUGUUGCAGCGCUCUUGUUCCAGCAGCUUUGCGUGGGCAUUGGACGACAGAAAACUCACGAACUGGCCACUCGAGCCGUCCACGAAGUGAGCUUGGAGGCGUGGAUACAUCACGACCUGCAGGGUCCUAUUCAAGUGUGUUCACACACAUUUCAGGUCACGGCAAUGCCCUACUUUUACCGCCACGGCGGCCUCGAUCAUGUCGUUAUCGUAAGCAAGGAGAGAGAGGCACGCAGAAGCACGUCCGCACACCGUCUGGCUGUCACUCAAUGUUUAGGGGACGGACUGGCGGCUUCGUCCAGACAUGGAACGGCUUUUCGGGCCGACAUUUUAUGCCUUCGUGGGGAACAUCACGUGGGGACGAUCCAAGACAUUGGACAGUCAGUAGCCAAUGGUUGGCUUCGGUGUGUGGACACAUCUCCUUUGUGGCCUUGUCUGUUUGUCUGCAGAGGGCCUGCCGUGGCGAUGCGGUGUUAACGUGCCACACACGUGGGAAAACAGAUAGACCGGCCCAGCUGGCUGCCACGGGUGAUUGGAUCGAUGGGCCCGCGUAUGUGUCGGUGUGUGUAGUUCUGCCAUGACCCACGUGCAGAAGGCAUACGAGCCCUUUGAGAAGGAGAGUUUGCUGCAGCGCGGCUUCAUUGCCCCCAAAGAUGUGCUUGAAGACGACCGGCUGGACACCGCUUUCGACCCCCCGUCGCGACGUGAUUGGUUCGCGAGAGACUACAGCAUGUUCUUCCAGGGUAAGCGAGUGGAAUGGGGCAGAGCGGACGGUUCUGUCUUCUCAUUCAUGCGGUCUCGUGUUGUGUCCAUCCAUCUACCGAUUGGUGAAUGUAGGGCAGGUGGACACUCGCAAUGGAUAUCGCUACCGUCGUCUGGGAUUGCAGCAUCUCGCCGGCUGGCGGCUCAGGCCUAACACAAGCUCCAACGUCCUGGUCUCCUCGUCCAAGCCCAUGACCUAUCAAGUGCUGGACGCAGACGGCAAAGGGCGAAGAGAGCAAAUUCCUUCCUGCCCGCGCGAAGACGGCAUCAACACGGAGGCCUUUGGCGUGAGGAUGGGCAAGUUCGAGCGGUGCUGUGGGCGGGUGACUUCGGAUGAAGGAAAAGGGGCUGGCCGGCACAGAGGCAAGCAAAUAGAUCGUGAAAAGUAUACGACGGCCACGUUUCUACAUCGGCUGGGCAACUCAAAGCUCAAUCUUUGCUUCCGGGGCGACGAUGUGACGAGCAACCGGUUAUUCGACGGGCUUUGGACGCGGACUCUCAACGUGCUCAUCACCGAGACAGAGGAGAUGUUCAAGACUGGGGUCCCGUUCCAAUGUGAGAUUCCAUGGAGGUCAGUGGGUGGGUGAGUGGGUGAGGAAGGAGGACAGGAAGAAGGCAGGCACAUGCACACUAAUUGUGUGCCAAUGCCUGCUGUGUAUGAAUGUUUUCGUGUAGGAAUUUCACCUAUGGGAUCGACGGCUCUGACUUCGCUCGGUCCCCUCGCGACUCCCUCACUCCCUUACUGCGAGAGGUCUACGACGAUCCUGCGGCGGUGAGGGAGAGGCUGCGACUCCAAGACUACUACAGCAGGAAGGCGCUCUGGAAUGCGCCGGGCAGCACCACAGCCCGGAGCACCCUGCGGGCGGUGACGCGGCAGUGCCUCACCGACGAGAUGAAGAUCGACUUCAUAAAGAGGACAGAGGGAAACGGUGAGUGAGUGAGAGUCAGUGAGACACACACAGCAAGAGACACGGACAGGUGGAAGUGCGUCUUCGAUGUGUGUGUCUGUGUAUGUGUGUGUCUGUCUUCGCAGGGAGGAUGGGCGACCCUCGACGCCAUCCGCUGUUCGCGCCGUGUGUCUUUCCGGACGAUUUGGCGAAGCUGGAGGAGCAGAGGGCCUACGAGGCUUUCCAUCAGUAGAGUGUGCGUGAGUUGUGUGAUGUGACUAAUGUGUAUAUGUAGGCAGUGUGCGUUGUAUUCUGCAGAUUUAUUUGUCUUGUGUUCAUGCGCUUCCUGACUUGGCUGUCCAUGCAUUGCAAUGCGUCGAUGGAAAUGAUGGGUGGAUGCGAUGCGAUGCGUGGAUGGAGGGAGGGAACGAAUUUUGUUAGUGAGGGGACAAAGCACAGGGGAGUGGGCGGGUAGAAGCAGAGGAGUACGAUGUAUGCUCUGUCCUUAAGACGUGCAAAAACGAUGCACACUUGUCCCUGUUUCACAAAAUGUCCAUAUGAGAUGAAUGCAUUGGAAACAAACGGACAAUCUCUGCUUGCGUGUUCUUUGUUUACCAGCCGGCUGACAACCGUGUGCGGCAAGUGAGAGGAUUGAGUAGUCGAUUUCAUUCCAUCAGAGGUCCUCGCUCAAGAUAACGUAUUGGUCUGUCUGGAUAAAUAAAUA